GCAGUGUGUGUGUGUGUGUGUGAGAGAGAGAGAGAGCAUGAGUACUGUGAGUUUAUGAGAGCGCCUGCACACGCAUCACCAGAACAGAGUCACUUCAGUUACCGUAGGACAACACAGCAGAUUGUUAUCACAUCCCACUGAGAACGAGAGCGAACAAGGGAACACAAGAAGAAAGAGAUUGACAGAGAGCCUUUCUUCAUUAAGAGCGCACAUCGGGGGACUGACAAUAGCAGCCAGCCACGGUGCGUGUGUGUGAACUUUCCCAGCCCGACUUCCCCUCGGUUCCCAAGAGGUCACCACCCCUGCGAAGUGCCGAGAUGAUCCCGGAGGUGUUGCUGAUCUUGUGUCUGACGGGUCACGGAGCGAAUGCCGUGUUCUCACAGCAGCCUCAGGACUUGGUAGUUGUGGCUGGUCAGCCUGUGACGCUACCCUGCUCCAUCCCGGGAUACCAUGGUGUUGUGCUGUGGAUCAAAGAUGGCCUCGCUUUGGGCAUUGGAAGAGAUCUUGCAGGUUAUCCUCGCUAUGCUGUGGUUGGGGAUCAUGGAACUGGCGAGCACCACCUGCGAAUCCAGAGGGUGGAGCUGAUGGAUGAUGCUGUGUUUGAGUGCCAGGCCAUCCAGGCCGCCAUGAGGUCCCGUCCCGCUCGACUUACUGUCCUAGUUCCACCUGAAGACCCAGUCAUCACCGGAGGGCCUGUGGUGAGCCUGAGAGCGGGCGACCCCCUCAAUCUGACAUGUCACGCAGACAAUGCCAAACCCGCCGCCUCAAUCAUCUGGAUCCGAAAUGGGGAGGUGCUGAAUGGAGCCAUGUACAAUAAGGCUUUUGUUCGAGAUGGGCGAAGGGAGAGCACCGUAAGCACCCUCUACAUCUCAGCCUCAAACAUCGAAUCUGGACAGAAGAUCAUCUGUCGGGCGUCCAACAAGGCCGUGCCCAACGGGAAAGAGACCAGUGUCACUAUUGACAUUCAACACUUGCCGUUGGUGAAUCUCUCUGUGGAGCCUCAACCAGUCCUGGAGGGAAACCUGGUGAAGUUUCACUGCUCAGCGAAAGCUAAUCCGCCAGUCACCCAAUACAAGUGGGCAAAAGGAGGAAGCGUGAUAAAGGAGGUUUCAGGAGACACUUAUGAAGUCGUAGUGGACCACUCGUUCUUCACUGAGCCAGUUUCCUGUGAGGUCACGAACCCCCUCGGGAGCACCAACAUUAGUCGGAACGUGGAUGUCUACUUUGGACCUCGGAUGGCUGCAGAGCCCCAGUCUUUACAGGUUGACCUAGCAUCAGAUGCUGUGUUUAAUUGUGCCUGGACAGGAAAUCCCUCUUUAACGAUUGUAUGGAUGAAAAGGGGCUCUGGGGUGGUGCUGAGCAAUGAGAACAUCCUGACACUGAAAUCGGUCCGGCAAGAGGAUGCCGGGAAGUACGUGUGCCGUGCGGUGGUGCCUCGCGUCGGAGCGGCUGAGAAGGAAGUCUCCCUCACCGUAAACGGACCUCCGACCAUCUCCAGCACUCAGACACAUCAGGCUCCACACGGGGAAAAGGGACAGAUCAAGUGUUUCAUCCGCAGCACGCCACCCCCAGACCGCAUUGCCUGGUCCUGGAAGGAGACUGUCCUGGAGUCGGGGACGUCCGGUCGCUACACGGUGGAGACCGUAAGCACAGAGGACGGAGUGCUGUCCACGCUCACCAUGAGUAACAUCGUACCUGCCGACUUUCAGACCAUCUACAACUGCACCGCCUGGAACAGCUUUGGCUCGGAUACAGAGAUCAUUCGCCUCAAGGAACAAGGUGGGAUCCAAGAAUCUCUCCCUGUUGCUGUGAUCAUCGGUGUGGCAGUUGGCGCUUUCGUUGCAUUCAUCGUCCUCAUGGGAACCAUCGGAGCGUUCUGCUGUACGCGCUCUCAGAGAAAAGACGCUCACCUGGUUAUGCCUACACUGCCCACCUCCAUCUGUGCUCAGCAGAGAGAACUUGCAAGCAAAAUUAAGACAGAAAACCUCAAAGGUGUGGUGUCAGCCAAGAACGACAUCCGAGUGGAAAUUGUGCACAAAGAUCACAACGCCGCCCGAGAAAACGAGGAACACGCCGCCAUGAAGCAACUCAUGAUUGAACGGGGAGAGUUUCAGCAGGAGUCCGUUCUGAAGCAACUUGAGGUUCUUCAGGAAGAGGAGAAAGAGUAUCAGCACAUCAAGGAUCCCACCAAUGGAUACUACAGUGUGAACACCUUUAAGGAGCAUCAUGGCACCCCAACCACGCUGGCGGGAAACCAGACCACAGAGCUCCGGCGAGACCCUGCCACAGCCACCACCGGCAAACAGCGGGUUCCCACAGGAAUGUCUUUCACCAACAUCUACUCCACCUUGGGCGCUGGACCCAACCGCCUGUACGACUACAGCCAGCGGUUUGUGCUGGGCAUGGGCAGCAGUUCCAUCGAGCUUUGCGAGAGAGAAUUCCAGCGAGGAUCGAUGAGCGACUCCAGCUCUUUCCUGGACACACAGUGCGACAGCAGCGUCAGCAGUUACAGCAAGCAGGACGGCUACGUGCAGUUCGACAAGGACAGCAAGGCCUCGGCCUCCUCCUCGUCCCAUUACUCUCAAUCAUCGUCCCAGAACUCAGACCUCACGCGGCCCCUGCAGAAACGCAUGCAGACCCAUGUCUGACUGCAGGAGAUGGACAGAAGACAGAGGAAUCCAGUGAUGGGUUUGGCCAAAGGGGAUUGACCCCCGACCCCCCCCCAGACGAAAACCAGGAAGCAUUUCAAGCACAUCUAGCACGCCGGUUUCAUUUGAUCCUUCACUUGUUUUGCUUUGAACAUUCUUUGAUGAUAUUCCACAUUUGUCCAAAUCUUAUUUACAGCUCUGAAAAGCCUUACCGUUUUCAGAUCCUUGUCGUGAGCUCAUGGACUAAGCCCCUAAUGUACAGUAUGGGCCAAAACUUUCCCCAAACAACCGUGUGCCACAGUGACGUCACUUGCCAACACAGAAAGACACACGAAACAAAACCAGUGUCCUUGCUGUAGUUCCAGUAACUUUGAAACAGCUCUGAGUGAAUGACCUCCUCGGAGAAUGCGUAACAACAUUGUUGAGAUGAGAUGAGGAUGAAGGCUACCACUCCUCGGCACCAUCAGAGAACAAUGCUUUGUUACUCCUGUACAUUCAAGCACAACUGUCAAAGUUGUAUGUAAGAUUUCUCAACGCCUCUACCACAGCUAGCUAAACAAAAGAAAAAAUAUAAAAGGACAAAAAAAAUGUAUGAACUGAAUUAAAACAACUAUUGUCAGUCAGUAUCUUUGGAUUCUGGCCCUUGUGACAAAAGUUUACCUGGCAUAAAAAUGUGAAAACCUCAGAUCGAAAAUGGCCAUGAGCUGUCGGUUUACCAUUCAGAGAUAAGAUGUUUGUGUACUUAGUUGUUCUUUCUUUCUGAACAUUCUUUAAUUUCAGUGUUUUAACAACUUGAUUUCAAAUUUCAUUGGACUUGCACUGGGAACUAAGUGGAUUGUGUAAUCUCACCUACUUGGGAGCAUUCAGUAGGACUAUUUAAGGACCAUUUGAACCUAAACUGUUUUCGUUUUUUCAAAAAUACUAUUCUUUCUGAAAAGGGUUGAUCUGGUUGGGUGUUUGGAUUUUUAAAAGAUGCACUAUGUCCUGUGUCCUGUUGUGAAGUCAAAUUAUAACGCUUAAAAAUUUUCCUUUGAUUCUUAAAAAAAAACCCGCCUGAGCUUGUUACACAUGUGCUAGAUAUAUUUUCAAAUUGCUUGUUUCUUGCACACCACAAAUUUAGUUUACAAAUCAAGAUCCAAGUCCUUUACAUGUUGCUCCAGGUUGAAUCUUCUGUCUGCUCUGCCAUUGGACUGUACAGCAUUGAGUACUCUCACUGUUAUAAGUGAGCAAUUUGUGUUCAUGUUUUUUUUUUUUUUUUUUUAAUGGAAUGUGGGAUUUCAUACUUAAUGUAAAUAUGUGUUGUUGCUGUUGUUGUUUUUUGUCUACAGAACUGAAUUUGCAACCUAUGGCACUACUGAUAACUCAAGCACUUCACUCAAGGUAAUAUCACCUUUAGCCCCGAAUCAAGGUACUGAAAUACAGCAAUUGGGCUAGGAUCGCAUGCUACAUAGCAGAGAGACGCAAACAGAAGCCAAUGCUGUGGUAUAUGGCAAGCUGAAAACUAGAGGCAUUUGCCCAAUUACUGUAUAGUGACUAAACCACAGGCAAGAAUCUCCAAACAGACAUAUUUCUGGCCCAGUGCUCUUCACAUAAGUAUUCUACCACAAUUCAUUAGAAAUGGAUAUAAUUGCUUUCAUUAUCUGCUCUAUUUCUCAAUUCAUUCAGCAUUUUGGUUAUUGCUAUACUGGGGAGAAAUAUCCAGACUACCAAAAAAAUUAAAACAUCAAAAUGAUGGCAGCAUGUUUUUCUAGUACUAGACAAGAGCACAGCCAUUAUCUAUGUGGUGUUACAUCAAGUGGCAUAAUUGUAUGAAAUUGCCACUGACCCCUUUUAACAAGGUUGAGGCUCAUCCCAGUUUGGGCGCCAACUGUGCUUACAUCCACUGAUACCAACAACUCUCUUCCUGCCAAAGUUUUCCUGGGUUGUGGCACUCUGAAUCUACAUUUAGUUGAAUAACCUUUCCAAGCCCUAUGACUGCACAAACAGAUCGGGCAUAACAGAUAUCAGUGUGUUUUGCUUAUCAAAGCUUCUGACACUCCACUCUUUUAUCUCCUCGUCAAGUUAUCUCCCAUUCCCCCCUCGCUCAUAAAGAUAUAUAUGGCCAGAGGCGAUUUCUCAUAUAAACGAGGAGGUGGAACUGUGGUUCUCGCUCUUGAAAAUACAAAGAUCCUGAUUUUGACCCAAAGGAACCAUUUUGAUUUGCACCAACCUGACAACCCGAAUUGAAGAAACACUGCAAGGCGUGACGCCGCUGAGUCAGUCGGUGCUGUAAGCACUUUACGUAUUAUUAUGUUUGUGGCAUUUCAAUGGGUUUCAUACAUGAGUGCUGUUGGAUGAGUCUAAUUUUACAAAUGGAUUGGUGCCCAUUGUGGGGCUUAAACUGGAAAAGGCCUGUUUCAGUGCUGAUAGUACAGCUCAGUCUUCCCUACACUGUAUAUAAAACCUUCAUGCUCUCUGUAUGUACAUUUGCAGUUAUUUUGCUUUGUUCUUCAGUCAAUUGAUACUGUACAAACAAUCAAUCUUUCAUUUUGAAAUUUCCUCUCAGCUGAUGGUGACGCCAGUGCUAUACCCACAGCAUAAUAUCUAUGUUACUUUACUUGGCCUAUCUUUCUCUUUUGAUAACUCGGCACAAAUUUCCCACAAGGAGAAAUGAAAAAAAAAAUAAUAAUACAGACCUAUAGAAAUCUUCCAACACACAAGAAUCAAACUUGCAACGUGCACUGAAUUUAAAUCCAGGGUUUUUACACCUAUUGACCGUUUUGGAGAAAUCUUUUUUUUUUUUUGGACAUUGGCCAGAAACUGCACUUUGUGAGUGAAAUGAAAUACUUUAAAGCUGAGCAAAACAAUAAUAGGUUCAGCAUUUGUGGGAACCCGGAAAAUAUGAAAAACUCCAAACACAUAUUAUGAUUCUCAUUUCAUACUAUUAAAUACAGACUUUAAAAGGAGAUGAAGUGUGUAAUUUGUCCAUGUAAAAUUACUUUCUCUAACCAUGGCAUUAGUUUGGGGUGUGACUACCAGUACAGAUGAGAGAGAGAAGAAACCUGUUAGUAAACCAUCAUUUUGCAAUUCUGUUUAGCAACUCUGCAUGCAAAGAAACUACAACUUAAUAUUAAUGCAUUUAAUUAAUGCUAAAUAAUGACGAAAAAUUGCCAUCCCUUAUCCAAGACAUACUUUGAAUCAUGGGUAGCAUCCCUUUUGCCACUGCAUUAACUUCCACUUUACAAUGAGCCAUAUGGGUAUUAAUUAUUUGACAUUAGCAUUUGUGUUAACAAUUUAUACCACAUGGACUAGUUGAUUCAGUCUUAAAACAAUGGGAAAAGAGCCACAAAAACAGGUCCAGGACUCCAUUCAUGUAAAGAAGCUGCUAGCACGUGCUAAAAUGAACAUGGCGCCUGUGAGCAAAUAUUGGAUUAUGGCUGUUGUUCUGUUUGAGUAGCUCUCAGUACUCUUUUGUAGCCUGUGUACUUUUCUUAUCACCCAGCCCUGGUGAGUUUCAAUCCCCUCUCCCACUGGACCGCAAGUCUUGCCUGAUUCAGGCACCGGAUGGUCAUGCACUUACAACCGAACCAAACAGAUGAACAAAUAUCGCUCUGAAUGAUAGGACAGGGUCAUUGCCAGUUUCAGAGAGCAGACCACAUUUAUGGGUUUUACAUUUCUCCCCUGACAUUUCAGCACAGCCAGGCGGGCUACUGGCUGAUGGAAUGUUAUGAAUUCCCCAAUACUGUUUUAUAUAGGCCUCUCUAUUAUGACGAUCCCAGAGCGGUUUGUUUGAGGAUGCUCACAGUAUACGUUGCCUAGGCAUAUUAUUGUGAAAGCACUGCGGAGGCAUUGCAACGAUGAUUUGUAAAAUGUACAGCACGUAAGAGAGCGGAUUGUGUUCGGUGACGGGCAGCUCUCUCUGAAUGGUUUGUGUCAGCUGUGUUUUCUUUUUUUUUUUGUACAUGUCUUAAGCACUUUCUACAUCUGAUUUUUUUUAUUUCAAAUUGUAUUUCCACAAGACAAUAUCUAGUUAGUCUUUAAGUGACAUGCUACUGCCGUAACAAAGAUGGUGUGUACUCAGAGGUCGAGCAAAUCAAUCCAGCAGUUCUGAAGUUAUUAUACUGUAAUGUACUGGAGUUAUAAAAGAAGGUUAACCACUAUUUUCUUGCAGUGACUCUCUCUAUCAGUAAAAGCAUUAAAAAGAUGUACUUUACCUGUAAUGGUCUGUGAUCUUAUGAUGCUUUGGCUCUGUAUAUUUCUGAAAGAAAAUUGAAAAUCCUUUCAAAAAGA